CUUUGAGCAUAAAUUCGAAAAACUUAAAAAAGAACUUAAAAUCUGUUAUAAAAAUAAGAAAUUUAAAAAUGAAUAUAUACAACUCGGAUUAGCUAGAUUGUUAAUUAGAGAAAGAAAAUAUGAAAAAGCUCAGAACAUUUUAAAAGAGAUUACCUGUCAAGAUGAAAAUAUCAGAGCACAAGUCUCUGAACUUACUAAGAAUAUUAAUUCACGAAAGUGA